AUGAUUUCAAAACAACAAUUACUAAAAGUAAAACUUCAAUCUUUAUCAACUGAAACAAGACAAUUAUUAAUCUAUAAUUCUUAUAAUAAAAGACAAUUUGCAACAUUAUUAAAUAAGAAACCGAAAAAGAAUAAUAAACAACAACAGUCACCACCACCAACACCAACAAAUUCAAAAAUAAGUAAAUUUAAUUAUAAAUUUAACUUUCCCAAAUUUGAAAUCGACAUUAUAGAAAAAGAAGCACCAAUUACAAAUAUUGAACCAUUUGAUAAAUCAGGUUUAGGUACUUAUAUCCCCGAAUUAACUAGUUUACAUCAAGAAUUUAAUUUUUAUAACUUUGCAAAUGUCAAAGAAUUAACUGAUCAAAUAGAUAAUUUAUUAGAAAAAUUUCACAAUUAUUUAUUUGAAUGGAAAGAAUUUACAGAUCCAACUUAUUAUAAAAUUUUAGUACAAUUAAAUAGAUAUGGUAAAUUAGUUGAUAUAUUAAAUGAAACUAAACUUUCUUUGAAUUAUAUUUGCUCAAUUAUUGAAGAUCCAGCUACAGAAGAUUAUAUAUUUCAGGAACAAGAAUUUAAAAUUAGAAAUAUUAAAAAAUUAGCUAGUGAUUUGAAAUUAUAUGAUGUUGAUGAUAGUUGUGAUGUGUUUGAAAUUUGUGCAAUUAUGGCUCAAGAUAAACCAAGUUUCUAUGCUAAAGAUAUACAUGAUUUAUGGGAAAAAUUGCUUGAUGCUGAAGCUAUCGGAUUUGAUUUAUUAGCUGUGUUAAGAGCAUAUAAAGAGGAAUCAGAUUUGAAGUAUAGACAAAUUGAUAAUUGGUUUAGAUUUGAAAACUACAUACCGGAAAUUAAUUAUUUAAAAAAGAAUUUCCAUUCUUUUAGUAAUAAAGAUGAAGUUUUAAAAGCAUUGGAUAAUUUAAUUCAAAAGAUUGAAUCGGAUGAUGUCAAUAUUGAUAAUUUACUUAAAUUGAGAACUAGAAUGGUUGAAUUUGCAAAUGGUAAUUCAAUAGAUUGUUUUGAAAUUUUAAAUACUGUAGUUUUAAACAACAAUAUAUUUGAGAAAUUUGAGAAAAACAAGAAAGUAGAAAAGAUUGUUGACAAUUAUGUUCAAAUACCAAAUGAUUCAGAUAUAUACAAUUUCACAAAUGAAUUAAACAAUAUCAAAAAUGUUUUAGGUAAAGAAUUUAAAUCAGUUUCAUCAGAUAAUGUUCUCAAGGCUUUAGAUUCUGAAAUUAACAGAUUGUUUGCUGUUCAAGAAACUGCUUCCAAAUUUGAAUUAUCACAAUUGAUAAGAUUGAAGAGAAGAUUAGGCUAUUUAUUUGAAGUUAAUGGUGGUAAUACUGAAGUUUUAGAUACGUUGUUGAACUCUCAAUCAGUAUUUGAACAAUUUGAAAAAGAAAAGAAGUUUAAAGAUGAAUAUAAACAAAUUCCAAAUGAUUUCUUAUUGGAGGAAUUUGAAAUUGAAUUAAAACAAUUGAAGAAAGAAUUAGGAGUUGAUAAAUUUUCAGAUGUUAAAGCAGUUGAUGUUUUAAAGAAGUCAAAAUAUUUAGCUGAAAUCCAUGGAGAUGUAUGGCACAAGCUUUUCAGAAAUUUAGGUAUGUUAUUUAAACAUAAUCGUGGUGAAACAUUUGUUCUUGAUAAUGUUUUAAUUAGUGCUUCUUUAUUUAAUCAAUUUGAAUCAUCAAAAGAAUAUAAACAAUUGCCUGAAAAUUUCAAUUUAGAAGAAUUUACACCUGAAUUAAUACAAUUAAAACAAGAAUUAUCAAUUGAAACUUUUGCAUCAAUUCCAUCAAGAGAAAUUUUAAACAAAAUUGAACAAUUAUCAAAUGAUCAAGGUGGAAUAUGUACUAAAUUAUAUCGAAAUUUAACAAAUUUAUUUUAUUAUAAUGGCAACCUGACAUCAAUUCUUGAUAAUAUUCUAAUCAAUGUUUUUGAAUUUAAUAAAUUUAAACCAAGUUCAUUUUUCAGUAAACAUGUUGAAUUAUUAACUAACAAGUAUAAAUUCCAUAUUAUUGGUAAAUUCUUAAGAGAUACUAGAAUAUUAUAUUCGUCUGAUGUGCAUAAAAUUUCAAGAUCAGGAUUUGAAAAACUUAUAGAUGAUUAUAAAUCAAGAAUUGGAGAAAAUGAACGGGAAAUUUUAAAUCAAUUAAAAGCAUUCAAUUCAACAUUUGAUUAUUAUCCAUCAUUUUUAGUUUGUGUUUAUGGCACUCAACCAAAUGAAAACUUAUUAAAUUCAACAGAUUUAGAAGUUUUUUAUAAUGAUUUAACUAAUAGUUUGAAAAAUCAAGAAAAAAUUGAGUCUGAAAAUGAAGUAAUUAUUCCAAUUGAAUCAAAUUUUGAUAUCAAUAAUUUCAAAAAAGAAGUUAAACCUAAUAAUAAAUCUCAUGAGGAAUUUGAAUCAAUUUCAGAAUUACAAUCUAAAGAAGCAGAAUAUAAAGAUGAAGAAAAACCAAUUAUUAAAAAUGAAUAUAAACCUGAAACUACAAAUGAUGAAAUAAGAGAAUUCAAAUUCAGGAAUAAUUGCAAACCAAAUGAAUCUCAAUCGGAAAGUAAAACUCCUUAUUCAAAUACUGCAAAAUUAUUCUCUGAACAAUCAUCAGCUUUUGAAUCUCCAGCUGAAAAGGAUAAAAUCAUAUAUAAACCAUCCCAAAAAAUUUAUACUAAACCAUCAAAACAACAAUCACAAAUCAGACCAUCUGAAUUUAACAGUUCCAAAUUAGAAAAAUAUCUUGAAAAACUCAAGAUUGAAGAAGAUGGUAAAAAACGAGAAAUUGAUGCAUUAAAUUUCAGUCAUGAUGUAUUUAAUAAAUCACAAUUGAACAAACAUAAGAAAAAUCUGAAAUUUAUAUCUUUGACAAUUGAUAAUGAUUCAAAUUUAAUUUCAAAUGAAUUAAUUUCUUUUAAAGUUGGUGAUUUAGGUUUAGAAGAUUUAGAAUUAGUUGGAAAUAAAGAUUUAAAAAACAUUGAAAAAUUAAUAAAGAAAUUAGAUUCAAAAGAUUGGAAAUUAAUUGGAUCAAAAUUAGAAGAUGAUAAACGACAAUUAAUGUUUAUAAAAGAAACAAACUUUAAAAAGAAAUCUAAAACUUGGAAAUUUAUCAAAUUAGUAAUUACAACUUCUGGAUUAAUUAUGUUAAGUUUAAUUGGAUUAAAUUAUGUAUUGGAAGAUCCUAAAUUAAUUCAAUCACCUCCUUCAAAUCCUGAAUUUAAACCAACUGAAGAAGAACAAUUACCAUUUAGAGUAGUUUCACCAAAAGAAUCUGAACCAGUUGAAACUCUACCAAUUUCUAAACCUGAAUCCCAUCAAUUGUCCUGGUGGCAAAAAUUAUUCUGGUCUAAAUAA